AGUCGGGGGUAGAGUCACGGGGAGAGAGAGAGAGAGAGAGAGAGAUGACUGGAGAGGAGUGCGGUUAGAGAGCUGAGCGACAGAGAAGUGCUGAGCUGCGCUGGAGUUUGAAAGUCUUUGCGGAGAGACUUAAAACGGCAGCGGUGAUAUAAAUACUGUGCGUUUAACCGGAUUAAAGCCACAGCGCUUCUUCCCUCAGAAAGUCCGAGAGACUGGGCUGCGGAGAGGAGGAACCGCGCGCGCGCCAGCACAGCGUGACAGGAGGCUGGUGUGAUUAGAGCUGUGAACUCAGAUGCACAAAUGCACUUUCAAUGCAUGGAGAUCCACUUCAUGGCAGAUGUCAUGGCUGUACACAGAGUGGUGCGCUGAGACAAGAGCAGAAGUUCAUCGGGUACGGCUUUGGAUAUCUUCCUGCCUUCUUCGACUGAAGCUCCGGCCAGGACAGCAUUAAAAAUACAUAUCCCAAAGGAAGAUUCUGGCUUCACUGACUCACACACACACACAAAUAAAUCAAUACCCCCAAGCUGUGAUUUCUUCAUCACUUUUCCCUCCAGCAACACACUGAGUGGGUAGCGAAAAGACCGGCUGAGCAGAUUCUAUUUCUGGAGCACUGAAACACUGUCCGGACUGCAGAAAUGUUUGUAGAGUUCAUUUUUUUUCCAAUAGUGUGUCAGUUUUAGGACCCAUUUUUACUUUUCCAAAAAAAGAGCAACAUCUGCUUAUCCAGUAUGUAUUUCCUUUAGCUUUCCUUCUUCUGAUAGAUCAUUACUGUUUUUCUUGUCAUCAUCUACUUUGCAUUUAAAUCAGAGUCUAGUGUUCUGACCUCAUUAGUAUUUUACAAUACGUUUAGAUUAGCAGUGAGAACUGACAGACCUUCAGCAACGUUAGCAAUUGGAGCUCUUUUUCUUUUUCCCACCCUGACUGUAACACCAUGCUAAUCAAGGCAUUCCAUCACUACAAUUGAUUCCUACCUUUCUUUCCAUGCAGUGCAAAGCUCAUUAGCAUAUUUAUAAGCCAGAGAUUCAUCCCAUCAUGUGAAACGUGAAAUGUGACACUGACCACACGUUUGGCCCUUGUGGCCAGGAGCAGAUAGCUUCUGACAUGUGCAGAAAGUGAAGUGUGCAAGAGCCUGACAAGCUUAUAAGCACAAUAGAACCUGACGCAAGCUUGGAGCGAGGAAAGGAAGAAAGGAAAGGAGGGGAGGGCAGAAUUCAGGCGCGCAUCUUUAUUUCCCACCCACAAGAUGAUUCAUGCUUGUAUGAAGCAGCAAUUAAAAGAAAUAUAUUAAAGAUGGAUUACUCACUCUAGAAUAAAACAAAGAGGUGCACUCAACUCCGUCUGAGAUAUUCUCAACAGUCACAUCCCCUAAAAUCAGGAUGGAGAGCCUGGAUGAACUGGAGCACCCGCUUUUGGAUGACAGCCCCACACACUCAUCCAGAACGGGCAACAGCGGCCUCUUCAAGGGCAUUUUUGUGAGAUGCGAAGAGGAAAAAAGACCCCCCUCUCUAGCAUGGAGGAGCUAUUCUGGUCCUACAGAUGUAUCUCAGCAGCAGCUGCUGGAUCCGUGUUCGCUCCCCAGCACACUUGAGUCCUUCUACACUCCUUCUGCUCCUGUCUGGGGCCCCGCAGACUCCCUGGGCCUGCACAGCAAGGAGUAUCUGGAAACCACGUUCAUGGACAUCGGGCCUGGAUCUCCUCUGGAGCGGAAGCUGCUGGCGGUAAGCAGAGACGUCCACAGCGUGUCCUACAGCAUGGAGGACGAAGACGACCUGCUGCCAGACUUUGAGGAUUCCUCCAGUGACGACUUCACUGACACGGAAAGCGAAAGCAACUUCCCGCUCAUGAUCCCGCAGGAUCACCUCGGCCUGGCCUUCUUCUCCAUGCUCUGCUGUUUCUGGCCUUUAGGCAUCGCUGCCUUCUAUCUGUCUCAGAAGACGAACAAAGCGUGGGCGCAGGGUGACUUCCAGGCAGCGAGCAAGGCGUCUCGUCACACUCUGUGGCUCUCCAUCAUCUCCAUCAUCUUCGGCAUCAUCACCUACAUCUGCGCCGUCGCCGCGCUCAUCUCCUACCUGUCCGGGAAGCCGCCUUAAAGUGUGCUCCGUGUCAGGCCCCUCCCCUUUUACAAUGCUGUCCCCGCCUCCUGAAGACACAAUGAAAUUCUGUUCAUACACUAAUACAGAUCUGUACCAUGUAUUAACACUGGGCUUUUAUUCUAAUUAACCUUCCCGGAUCGAAACCGUCUGGACUUGUAGAUGGAUGGACGCUAAUAUGACAGAUGGGAAAUGGAUCUCAGGACAAAUCUAACAGAAGAAACACGUCUCAUGAUUUUGUUGGAACCCUUACAGCAGUGCAGCAAUGGCACAAUGCCAUGGAGCAAAAACAGCUUGCGUAGAUAAGAGUGCUGGCUCCUCCCGAAUGAUUUCUGAGACCUGAGGGUGUGUUUGAAGGACUUGACAAGGACUAAAAGAACAGACGUUUCUGCAGGUCGUGUUCCUCUUGCUCCUGAAAAAACACUGGCACAGUUUUAGAAUUACUAUAUCCAGUAACAUCUGGAUACAAUUUAUGGGACUUGGCUAUUCAAACACACACACAUACACAUAAACUUUGUGACAAUAAUUCUCUCCUGUCUCAAAUUCAUUUAAACAUUCAUCUUUAGUAAGCGCUUUAUCCUGGUCAGGGUUGCGGUGGAUCCGGAGCCUAUCCCAGGAACACCGGGCAAGCGGCAGGAAUACACCCUGAGUGGGACGCCAAUACACACGUACUCGCACUUUCUCAGUUUCUGAGAGAGUUGGAAAGCCUGAAUUAUGUGGCGGCCUUGGAAAACCUUUCACAUGAUCAAAUUUUCUGCUGUAUACAUCCGAAAACUACAGGUUUUCCUGAACUGAAAUAUUUUUCUCUUUUUAAUGCAUCUCGAACAGCAGUAAAAUUCUAGCUUUUUUUUUUUUAAAGCUGGUUACCCCCAAAAUUGAAAAUCAAGAUUUAAAGAUUUCAUUGUUCCACGUAUUUCUGCAUUUAUAACCAAAACUACUUAUGAAAAAACAUUUAUUUACUCAUUUUCACGAAUUCUGUUUACAAUGGGAAAUGAGUUCUCACUUUGAGUAUCAGCGUCAUCCACAUCAUCAGUCUCUGUCUCAUCAGCUGAGGUGAAAGUCCCUCACAGCCUCAUUGACGUCUCUUCACUCGACCCAUCUCUGUUCACACUAACGUUGAUGAGGAAAUAAUCACUGAGUAAUUCCGUCAAUUCUGUUGAGUAAAUAUAUUGUUCAUAUUGUCUUUUUAUUAGGUCAUUUAAAGAUUUUGAAACUCUGUACAGAGCGUGUGAGCACUCUUCUCUGUUUUGAUGAUGAUGUCAUGGUGCAGGAUGCAUCAUGGACAUGCUGACGGUAUCUGCUGUCUGAAUCAAACUGAAAUCAUCAGGCUUAUGUCUGUUUUGCUAUGACACAUAGCAACAUGAUUAACACAUGACACUGACUGUGUGGGGAAAUCACACUUAACAACUAAGGUUUUAAGCAGACUAACUGCAUUAACGCUGUAGUUGUUAAACUGGCUACUUACCCAAAAUGAUAUUUGCAGGCAGAAACCCGAGGCUAGGUUAGAAAGUAGUCUAAAUAAAAACAUUUCCACAUUAUUUUGGUAAAAUAUUUUUAUAGUCGAUGUA